GAUUGUGGGAAGUUCCCCCAACUUUGUCCAGGAUGGGGAAGGACAGGGAGACGGGCCUCGGAAUCAUGUAGCUUCCUGCAAAGCUCCAGCCCAGCGUUUCUGACCGAGGCAAUCCACCGUGUCCUUCCUCCCAAGAUAUCACCCACCAGCCUCUCAGGCCAUUCCGAGCCCACGCCUUUCACUGAAUGAGGUCAUCGGAAUGCCUGGAACCCAGGAGUGACCGCAUGGGUUUAUGGAGCGAGCACACAGCCUUCCGUGAGAAAUGAUGGCACCUCGCUCACCCAGACUGUCUGGAAGGAAGAAAAUUCCAAACAGUCCAACCCGACUUCACAUUUUCCGUGUGAACCAAAGUGGGAGGAAAACUUCAGCCAGAGGCUUUUGGGGUGCAGCCUGGGGCGAGGGCGGGGCAGGGUGGAUCAUUGUUCUCGCCUCUCACCGCCUCUCACCGCCUCUCACCUUGACAUCCCAAACCGGUUCACUCCUGGGAGCGCUUGUGCCUCGAGCCUUUUCUUCCUGGACUGGAGCAGUGUGGAGAAGGGAGAUUUCGAGAGAAAACUGGCCCUGGACCCAGUUCUUUCGCUUCUCGCUGGGUGACCUUGGGCAGGUGACAUCACCUGUCUGAGCAUCGCUGGCUCGUUUGGCUUCCGAACACGUGCCCUUCUCGGUGAACCCACAGUGCUCUGUUUGUUUGCCUUCUCUCAGCUCACGCAUUCUUCGAGGCUUGGUAACCGGAAUGUUUUGUCUGUUCAGGCUCCAAACAGUCAGUGGGAUAGGAACCAAAGUGAAGUACCUCUUGCUGUGUCAAGAUGAACCUGGGAAACUGGCAGCCGUUGCCUGGACUGCUUCUCUGAAUCCUCUGGUACAUCUUUUUGUCUCUAGUUUUAAAAGUUCCCCAGAGGUCACCCGAAACCCGGAAUCUUGUCAGAAUAGGAUGGCGGUCAUUCUACAGUUCUCAUUAAACACAUUCAUCUCUCAAACUUUGGAGGGAGCCAAAAGGCCAAAAGCAAGAAUUCCAGAGCAUUGCCUACACUGGUCUGUUACCCUGAUAAAUGUCUAACAAAUUCGGUAUGUGUCUACGGGGCUUGACCAUUUGCUGGGCAGAGUUCCAGAACAGUGAGACAUCUUGGAAUUCAUCUGGUUUAGGAAAGACUUUUAACUACCAGCUGGGAGUCACCUCAAGUGUUCUGUAAAUAGUCAAGUCUUGAGGCCUUUGCUCUGUGGUCUGUUCUGAUGGAUGGCUCCCCACCGAGUGAAACAGAAGGAUGACCUUGUUCUGUGAGCAGGACGAUAGUGAAAGAAGGAGCUGUGUGUGUGGAAGUCUGUGGGAAGAGGGAGCCAUCUAGAAUGUCCCCACCAAACCAGUCAGUGGAAGGCCUUCUCCAGGAAGGCUCCAACAGAUCCCUGAAUGCGACGGAAACCCCAGAGGCUUGGGAUCCAGGGACCCUCCAGGCCCUCAAGAUUUCUCUUGCUGUGGGCCUUUCCACUAUCACAUUGGCCACAGUCCUUUCCAACGCCUUUGUGCUUACCACCAUCUUUCUCACCAGGAAGCUCCAUACCCCAGCCAACUAUCUCAUUGGCUCCCUGGCCACGACUGACCUCUUAGUUUCCAUCUUGGUCAUGCCCAUCAGCAUUGCAUAUACCACCACCGGUACCUGGAGCUUUGGCCAAAUCCUAUGUGACAUCUGGCUGUCUUCUGACGUCACGUGCUGCACAGCCUCCAUCCUGCACCUCUGUGUCAUUGCUCUGGACAGGUAUUGGGCCAUCACUGAUGCGCUGGAGUACAGUAAACGCCGGACAGCAGGCCAUGCGGCCACCAUGAUUGCCAUUGUCUGGGCCAUCUCCAUCUGCAUCUCCAUCCCACCACUCUUCUGGCGGCAGGCCAAAGCUCACGAAGAGAUGUCAGACUGCCUGGUGAACACCUCUCAGAUCUCCUACACCAUCUACUCCACCUGUGGGGCCUUCUACAUCCCGUCCGUGUUGCUCAUCAUCCUCUAUAGCCGGAUCUACGUGGCGGCCCGGAACCGUAUCCUGAAUCCGCCAUCGCUGUACGGGAAGCGCUUCACCACAGCCCAUCUCAUUGCAGGUUCUGCCGGGUCCUCGCUCUGCUCUCUCAACCCCAACUUUCAUGAGGGGCAGUCUCAUUCGGGCUCCCCUCUCUUUUUCAACCACGUGAAAAUCAAGCUUGCUGAUAGCGUCCUGGAACGCAAGAGGAUUUCCGCUGCUCGAGAAAGGAAAGCCACUAAGACCCUGGGGAUCAUACUGGGGGCCUUUAUCAUCUGCUGGCUGCCCUUCUUUGUUGCAUCUCUGGUCCUCCCCCUCUGCCGGGACUCCUGCUGGAUCCACCCAGCCCUCUUUGACUUUUUCACCUGGCUAGGCUAUUUAAACUCCCUCAUCAAUCCAAUAAUCUAUACUGUGUUUAACGAAGAGUUUCGGCAAGCAUUUCAGAAAAUUGUCCAUUUCCGGAAAGCCUGCUAGUCUUAUUUGGUGGUGAUUCUUGUUAUCUUUUGUAUCUUGUAACCCGAGUGGGGGUGUCUUUUUAUUUUUCCUGAGAUUUGGGUUAAUCCUGAUAUCUUGAGUUUUGGUUCCAUCUAGAGAAUUGUUCAGCAUUCUUUUUUCCUGUUGUCUUCUUGACUUCUGAGCCACCAAAAGCUGGGCAGCUGUGGGAAAGGGGACAAGACUGAAAAUUCCACUUAGCAUAAUUUUUCAUAGUUCAUCCGUGUUGGAAGUAACAUGACCCACAGGAUUCCCCGUUGAUGCAAUUCAGGCGGAAAGCUGUCUGACUCUGUAGAAAGAUCCCAGGCUCAAAGGGAGGGCUUUCUGGUCUACCUAAGCUUUGUAUGGAGCUCAAAGAGGGUAGGUGAGAUUAGUGACCUGAGUUGAAAAAGAAUUUGGAGUCAGGAUGGAGGGGUCUCCAUUCCAUGUGGCACCUUGAUGGGAAAAUAGCACCCAGGGAUUUCUUCCACUGAGUCCUGCUUAGGUUGACUCUCUCCCAGUUAUUCAUGGGUAGAGAUUCAUUAUUCAAGGUGCAGCGUUAUGGAGUGAUGGAGAAAGAUUCAGAAGCUUGGGCAGGAAAGCAGGAUGGUUGGAACCAGAUCGACCAUCCUGUACCCUUCCUCGUUCCCCAGUAUCUCUGCACCAUCUUAACGUUCUGACGUUAAACCCCACCGUCACCCACAUCAAGGUAGCUUGACAGGCUUCGGACCCACCAAGCUUUGAAUGGAACACCAUUGUGAAUUUUUUUCUGAAUUAUUUUUUUACAUCCUAUUCUCAUCAGAGAUCUUAAGAUGUUAAGUCUUGUCAAAUAAAAAGCAUAAGACAUCAUGAUAA